CAAUUCAGUAUACUAUUUCCACAGAUCCAAGUCUACGCCAUGCUCGCUCAAUCCAUCAUCACCGUGCUUCUUGCCUUUGCUCUCCCAGCAAUGGCUGCACCUCAACCGAUAAGCAAACGCUCAACUGAACUGAGCUUGACAGCUCAACUCCGACUCGCAGACACCGCCGUUGAUCGCUAUAAGCUCCUCCCAAACGACACAGACUUUGUCUUUGAUUUCAACAAUGCAACUGAUCUUCCAGUCGCCAACAGCCAGACUUUUCCAGCGCUCGUUGGCACUGGUGCUUCAUUUAGUAUUUCCCAGCUCCCAGCAUGCAGCAUGACCUUCCUCCACCUCCACCCCCGCGCAACCGAGCUCUUCGCCCUAACCUCCGGCCACAUCAUCUCCGAAAUGGUCCCUGAAGCCAACGUCCUCAACGCUCAAGGCUCUCAACGCGUUAUCCACGCAGACCUCCACCCAGGUAUGGUAACCAUCUACCCCGCAGGCUCGUUCCACACACAGGUGAACCCAGACUGUGAGGCAGCAAACUUUACAGCUAGUUUCACGUCCGAGGAGUUUGCCGUGGGGUUGGUUGCUGAGGAGACUUUUUCACUGAGUGAUGGGGUUCUUGCGCGGACGUUUGGGGGGAGUUUUGCCGGGCAGGAUAUUGAGAAGGUGAGGGGGGCUAUUCCGAGUAGUAUGCUGAUUAGGGUGGAGGAGUGUUUGAGAAAGUGCGGUAUUAAGAAGAGGGAGGUUUAAGUGGGUUGGUGUGAGUCUGGGAUGUUGUGUUGAUGGCUCGGGGUGCAUAGAUUGAUAGACUGAUGCAGUUUAGCUGGCUUAUUUAUGUGAUUCAUUGCGUUUAACAAGGAAUAUUUCCC